AUGGCGGCGCAACUUGACGAGGCUGGUCUUCGCCAGUUGGUUGAGUACUUGAAGAACUCGCUCAGCGGCCAUGACAGAAAUAAGCAGAAGGAGGCCGAGUUGAUGCUGCUCAAAGCCCGAGAAUCUCCCACUUUCGUCGAUUACCUACGAUACAUCUUCUCAGAUCCUCAGCUGGGCGAGUCUCUCAACUUAAAUCCUGGCACUACUUUUCUCGUUCGAUAUGCCGCUGCUAUCCAACUCAAGAACCACAUCAAGGCACACUACAAGUCUAUACCGCAAGACAAACUGUUAGAAGUCAAGUCAAGUACCCUGUCGAUGCUGCAAGACCAGAAUGCCCAACUUCGGACCUUCGCCGGAACCAUCAUCACCGAAAUCGUGCAGCAGGGCGGUCUGCUCCAGUGGCCCGAGGUCCUCGUCGAAUUAAUCAACCUUGUCGAGAAUCAAGCCGGAAGUGUCCCCCGCGAGACGCAGGAGGGCGCCAUGUCAGCGCUGGCCAAAGUGUGUGAGGACAAUCGCAAACUUCUCGACAAGGACUUUCAGGGCCAAAAGCCGAUGCAGGUCAUUAUUCCCAAGAUGCUCGAUUUUGCAAAUCAUCCUAUCUCCCAGGUCAGAGUCUUCGCUCUCGGCACCUUGAAGACCUUCAUUCCGCAAAAGAGCCAAGUCUUGAUGAAUUCGCUGAAUGAAUACUUGUCGAAAGUGUUUGAACGUGCUUCAGAUGAGGAUACACAAGUGAGGAGGAUCGUGUGCCAAUCGUUGGUGCAGCUUGUUGAGUCAAAGCCCGAAGCGCUGGCCCCAAAUAUGGACGGCCUGGUGAAUUAUAUUCUGGCACAGCAGCAGCAGUCAGUUGAUGCCGACUUGGCCUUGGAUGCUGCCGAAUUCUGGCUGAGUGUCGGAGAGCAAGAGCAACUUCAGGGAUCGAUGCGCCCAUACCUGCAACGGAUCAUCCCUGUUCUACUUGCUGGCAUGGUGUACGGCGAGGAGGACGUUUUCAGACUAGAGGGCGAUGAAGCGGAUGCCGACCAGGAGGACCGGCCAGAGGACAUCAAACCGCAAUUCGCCGAGCGGAAGGAAGGGCGAGGUGCCACUCACGAAAAAGAGGCUGGCGAUGGCACAAACGGUGUCUCAAAUGGAUCUGAGAAGCCUCCGAAGAUCGACCUCAGCGAUGGCGAAAUUGAGGAGAGCGAUGAAGAUGACGACGACUACGAGAACGACCCGGAAAAUGCCUGGAGCUUGCGCAAAUGCUCGGCUGCCGCCCUGGAUGUUUUUGCCGUCAACUAUCACGACUCGGUCUUCAACAUCAUCCUGCCAUAUCUCAAAGACAAUCUCUCGCAUCAGCUCUGGCCGAAGCGAGAAGCGGCGGUCCUUGCUCUGGGAGCUAUUGCCGAAGGUUGUAUGGAUGUCGUCUCGCCUCACCUACCAGAACUCGUGCCCUUUCUCAUAUCACUUCUCCAUGACGACGAACCGGUAGUCCGCCAAAUCACCUGCUGGUGUCUCGCUCGCUAUUCUGAAUGGGCGGCUCAACUCUCCUCACCUGCAGACAAGCAGAAGUAUUUUGAGCCGAUGAUGGAAGGCCUCCUGCAGCGGAUGCUUGACAAGAACAAGAAAGUGCAAGAGGCCGGAGCUAGUUCCUUCGCUUCUCUGGAAGAAAAGGCGGGUGAGAAGCUCAAACCCUACGUUGAGCCCAUCUUACGACAAUUCACAAAGUGCUUUCAGCUGUACAAGGACAAGAACAUGUACAUCCUUUACGACUGCCUGCAGACGUUGGCCGACAGUGUUGGAGCUGAUAUGGCAACGCCACCUCUUGUCGAGCUGCUUAUGCCGGUGCUAACACAGCGCUGGAACAAGAUUGCCGACGAUUCAAGGGAGAUGUUUCCACUGCUCGGCUGUUUGGGAUAUGUUGCCAUUUCCUACGGCAAGACCUUUACGCAAUUCGCCUCUCCUAUUUUCAACCGCUGCAUCAAGCUCAUCUUCAGCAAUCUGCAGCAGCACAUGAAUUUUAUGGCUGGCCAGGCUGUGGACCAGCCGGAUAAGGAUUUUAUCGUCUCGGCUCUGGACCUCCUCAGCGCCAUCAUUCAGGCUGUCCCUCCCACGGACUCGGCCAACCUCGCAUCGUCAUCUGACCCGCCAUUCUUUGAGCUCCUGUCAUUCACCAUGGAGGAUCCUACCCCCGACGUACGACAGUCCUCUUACGCACUGCUGGGCGACUGUGCCAUUGCACUCUUCUCAUCACUCGACCCCUACUUCGAAAAGUUGUUCCCGAUCCUCAUCCGCCAGAUCGAUCUCGACCUGAUCCCCUCCGACGAAAUCGAAGCCGAUCCAGCCUUCAACGUGUUGAUCAACGUCUGCUGGUCAGCUGGAGAGAUCGGCGCACGGACAUCGCCCGAGAAACUGCGGCCGUUCGUGCAACCCCUCUUCCAGCAGCUCCUCACCGUCGUGUCAAACGAAGGUGUCCCAGAUGCCGCUGCAGAGAACGCCGCGCUCACCAUUGGUCGCCUAGGCAUCCAGUGCCCCGACGUGCUGGCACCGCACCUCAACGAAUAUGCGUCGCGCUUCCUCGAGUCGAUGGCGCAGAUCAGUCCGUCGUCGGAGAAGGCGUCGGCGUUCCUGGGCUUCAACAACGUCAUCGAGCGCAAUCCCGCCGCAAUGGAGUCGUGUCUCAUCGACUAUUUGACAGCGGUAGCGGCGUUCCCGCGCACGGACGGUGGUGAGGAUGCUCAGCUGUACGCGCAGACGAGGGAGAGUUUUGGCAGGGUGGCGCAGGGCUUCAAAGGCAUCAUUGGGCCGGAGCGCUUCAGUGGUGAGGUGUUAGGCCGGUUGUCGAUGCCGACGCAGACGAAGCUGAGGGAGGCUUAUGGGUUAUGA